UGCCUUCUAGUAAGCCAUAUAUGGUCAGAAGCUAUUGUGGAAUGACCUCUUCUAGUUUGUUGUUGUUGUGGACGAGGCUGGUUUCUGAUUUGACGUUUGUGGAGAGAUUCCUGCAGGCUGUCUCGUUCACAGCAUGCAGUUCCUGAGCGAUUGAGCUCACAUUUCUCGACCGCUCUUCUCAGGGCUUUCGUUAAGUGCGUGUUCUGGAUCCCUGAACACUGAGAUUUAUGUGUUGUAAUUUUGCGCGAGUUUUCUUUUUUGGAAUUACUCUACCAGACAAAGAGGAUACAGCUUCCAGGGCCUCCAAUUGAAAGUAGGUCGAGGAGCGGGAUAGUGCAAAGUCGACAGCAAUUCGUAGAUCACUACAAAAUUCCUCUCUAGGAUUUUUUUGUGCUUUGAAUCGGGCGAUUACAGCGCAAUCAGCCUGUUGGCCAAAAUGGGGUCUCUCCCAUCAGAUGCUUUGUUUCUAGGCCUCGACAGCUCCACCCAAUCACUCAAGAUCACAGCUAUUGACGCAGAGUUACGUUUGAUUGCUUCUGCAUCAGUUCACUUUGACUCAGAGCUUCCGCACUACGGCACUAAAGAUGGUGUCCAUAGAGAUCCCAAAGUUAAAGGGCGUAUCACAGGCCCCGUACUUAUGUGGGUGGAGGCCCUCGACCUCGUGCUCACUAAAAUGGUGAGGGCUAAUUUUCCCUUCAACAAAGUGAAUGCCAUAUCUGGCAGUGGCCAACAGCACGGUAGUGUGUACUGGACUAAAGGAGCACAACAGUUACACCUUAAGAACCUGGACCCUUCGAAGGAUCUCGUAACGCAACUCCAAGAGGCGUUUUCGAUUAAGGAUUCUCCUGUGUGGAUGGAUAGUAGCACAUCGGCACAGUGCUCUGCGAUCGAGAAGGCUGUCGGCGGUGCUGCCAAGCUCACUGCUUUGACAGGCUCUCGAGCUUUUGAAAGAUUUACUGGGCCGCAAGUUCGCAAGGUGUAUGAGACACAGAAAGAAACAUAUCAUGCAACGGAGAGAGUGUCUCUUGUGAGUUCCUUUAUGGCAUCUCUACUGGUCGGUAACUACGCAUCCAUUGAUCAUAGCGACGGUGCUGGUAUGAACCUUAUGGACCUUCACAGCCGUACUUGGUCCCCAGAUGCAUUGGAUGCAACAGCACCAGGGUUGGAGAAGAAGCUAGGACCCUUGGCUCCUUCUCAUGCAAUUGCAGGAAAACUGCAUUCAUACUUUGUUCAACGAUUUCACUUCAACCCAAAAUGUCUGGUUGUAAAUUGGUCUGGAGACAAUCCCUGCAGCUUGGCAGGGUUGGCCCUAAACCGGCCUGGUGACCUUGCAAUCAGCAUGGGUACUAGUGACACAUGUCCUUGCCUUUACAGAAGUUGCGGUCGACUGCAGGUCUUUGGUUUGACAAGAACCCCCCAACCUAGUUUGGAGGGACACGUAUUUCCCAACCCUGUCGAUCCCGAGAGUUUCAUGGUUAUGUUGUGCUACAAAAACGGAUCACUUACAAGAGAAGAUAUACGGAAUGAGUGUGCGGAUAGAUCGUGGGAGAAGUUCAAUUCACUUCUAGAAGAGACGCCUCCGCUAAACGAGGGUAAAAUGGGGUUUUACUACAAGGAAGCCGAAAUUUUGCCUCCACUACCAGUUGGCUACCAUCAUUUUAUUCUUGGGCGCGGUGAUGGAAACGCCUUCGACAAUCUUAAUGUUCAGAAGGUUCCUAAAUUCGACCCCGCUGCAGAGGUCCGAGCUAUUGUGGAAGGUCAAAUCCUCUCCAUGAGAAUACACGCUGAAAGAAUUGGAAUGCAGUGCCCACCUGAGCGUAUUAUCGCCACUGGUGGAGGCUCCGCAAACAAACAUCUGCUUGCAUUAAUUGCCUCCAUUUUUGGAUGCAGUGUUUACACUGCACAACGCCCAGAUUCAGCAGCAUUGGGGGCAGCCCUCCGAGCCGCGCAUGGAUGGAUUUGCCAAGAACAAGGCACGUUUGUACCAAUGGCUUCUGUAUUAAAGCAGGCAAGCGGGGAGAACGCCUUUCAGUGCCAUCUUCAAGCAAAAGCGGGCAGUGACGAGCUCCAUGCUCAAUAUGGUGAUUUGGCACCAGUUCGAGCCAAAAUUGAGCAGCAGCUACUUGGCGAGUCUAUCUCUUGUUGAACCUGCAAAAAUAUGGAGUGAAUUACCGUCGGAAUUACAGGCAGGAAGUAAAACAUUUCUGCUCUGAAUAUGUUGUGGUUGGUCAUCAUAUACAUGUUCGACCCUCCAAGUGCCUGUAGGUCCUUCAGAAAACUAUUCCAAUCUAAAAUAAAUUCUUCACACUCUUAGUUGCUGAUAUUAUCAAAUGUAAUGUAAUAUCACAUAUUAUGUGCGUUUUUUAAUGUGCAA